UAUAAAAAAUUUUGAGCAGCAACGCGCCAACCCACACAUUUUCAAAAAAAAUACCAAAAAUGAAAAACAAAAACAACACGGUUUAAUUCCAUUUCCUUUCUUCUCCAACCAGUCCACAGUCUAAGCCAAGCCUAAGUCCGAAUUUGAAUCCCAUCAGUUUCUCAUCAACCAAACAGAAAAUUUCAGUCCAAAAUUCGAAUUUUCGGUUUCUAAAUUAAAAUAGCAAGGGAGUGAGGGAUGGAGACUGAUAGCGACAACGAGAUACUGUUUUUUGUUUGAUUUAGCAAAGGAUGUCAGCGGCAGUGUGUGGGAGCAAGAGAUCGUUCUUACUCACCGUUUAGUUCACCUUGUUUUAUUUAUUUUUUCCAGUUUUUAUUUUGUCCUCUACCCUUCACUUUCUCGGCAACCAACCACUCGAAUUCGAACCCAGGAAAUGUCGUCUUUCGAUUACCCUAUACUCUCACGUAGUGACAUAAUUUCAAUUCUGGCGGAGUCACAGAUCGCAGCCGUCACUGACAACGAUUUCAAGAAUAUCAAACCCGACUUCGUCUCUAAUCUUUACACGCGCCUCCUUAUCUACCUCGACGCUCUCAACGAGGAAGACCAAGGGCAAGUUGAGUUUUCAGCAUUGGAGCAAAUUGAGAACCCGGAUCUUCUAAUCGGGUCAUUCCAGGUUAUGAAUUUGUAUUGCAGGUUACGAGAGGUGAUGGCUUCUCUUAAUUGUCCGAUGCAAUUUAACCUUAGGGAUUUGAUCAAACCUGAUCCGCGUCGGACCGAGCAUUUCCUCAGCGGAAUCCUCAAUUUUUGUCUUUAUAAAGAAACAAAAAUGAAUCUUCUAAGACCAAUUGUAGAGGAACUGGCCCUUCUAGAUGAUCAACGGAAGGAGUGGGAGGCUAAGAUUUCUCAGUUGAAUGAGGAGAUUGCAGGUUACAGUGAAGCAAGAGAAAGGGAGUUUCCACUAGUUCAAGAGAUAGAAUCAAAAGUUAAAGAAUUGCGUGAGAUGAUUGCUGGCCUCAACAGUAACCAGAUGUCACUGAGAACUUCUUUUCGGAAUUUGAAGGAGAAGACUGGGCAAAUGGAUGAGAAGAUUUCUAAGGCUGAGUUUGACCUGGUUCAAAGUGUCCAAGAAAAUGCAAAUCUGCGAUCAAAAAUAGUUCAGUCACCAGAUAAACUACAGAGAGCUUUAGAGGAGAAGAAAUUAUCUCGAGAUGAGGCAAAGUAUGCUGAGAGGUCGGCUAUGCAGUCUUUUCAGGAGAAAACUGCCACUGUUGAGGUCUACAGCAAGGCUCUAAAGAAAAUGUCGAAGCACUUUGCCUUGAUGCAAGCUAUACAUGAACAGGUGAACUCUGCAAAAUCAGUUGAAAAAGAAUGCAAGGGUUUGAAAGCUAAGCUAAGUGAUGAUGUUGUGUUAGACAAGUCACUUGAAGCUAAACUGAUUGAACGGCAAGGAAAAGUUGGACAAUUGGAAGAACACAAAAGGCAGUUACAAAAAGAAAGAGAUCUCAAGUUUGAGGAAUCUACCAAACAUUUGAACAGUGUGAAGUCGGAGGUGUUGUCUAAGCGGUGUGAGCUGGAAGCAAGGCAGAAGAAGGUUGAAGAUGUGGUAGCAGAGGUGGACUCCAUCACAUUAAAGACCAGUAUGGUAAGAGAAUCUGGAGCUGCUAAAGUUCAGCAAUUGAUUAGUAAGUGUGAAGAGAUUGUAAAACAGUUUCAACAAUAUUCAUCCUCUAUCGGGGUCCUCUUGCCAGUGGAUGGGAAUGGAACAAAGACAACAUUUGAUUGAGUAGCUAUAACCAGCCUUCAACUUUAAUUUCAGGAAGCCACUCGAUUGUGUGUAAGUUGUUAUUAGUGCGUAGCAGUAAUAUAUAUUGAUUUGGUCUCCUAUUGCUACUAAUUUCUUAUGGACUUCCCAUUUCUGUAUGACGAGGCUUGUAAGCAAGUUCAAUUUAUAGUGUGUACCCAAAAAACAAUUCUAAUAUCAACUUUUUAUGGUGUUCCGUAGAA